GUCGCUGCGGUACUCCGCGAUCUCGCUGUCCUGUGGCAAAGGCGGGGGGAACUGCGGCUCCACCACGAUCUAUCUGGCCACCCAGCGGGGCCCGUGCAUGGAUCGCGUCUUCGUCGUAACGAUCGCUCUUGUGGCCCACUACUGCGCCCACGCCUGGGACGGCAAGCUCGUCCUGAGCCAGCUCCAACGAGCUCGGCAGGCACUGGCCGACAGCUGGCAGGCGGGGGCCCCGAGCUGGCAUGGUGCCCGCGGGCCCCUCGCCGCCGCGUCGCUGAGCCUUCGCAGGAUCAAUUGGGGCAUGCGCUCGAGCCUGCACCUCUGCGCCGACUUGGGGGAGGUGAUCCACAUCUUGACGGCGCCGCCGGAGGUCAUCGGGCACGGGUCGGGCUACGAGACGGCUUGGCCAGAGUUAACGAAGUGUGGAUGGGCCUUCGCGCAGGCCCUGCUGCACAUGCCGCACCUCCGCUUCGCGGCCACAGACUUGGCGGCCUUGGCGCGCGAGAUCGACGCCUGGAGCGAGGGCCAGGCGGCCUCGGGCAGCGUGCGCGCGGAAAUCUGGAGGGCCAUCUUCGCGCUCACGGAUGUGCAUGCAGGAGCAAGGCGCUGCAGGCCUGCGGCGCGCUGGCGCCCUGCGCGCCUCGACCUCGAGACGUUCCUCGGCCAGCCCGGGCGGUUCGCCGAGGAUUUGGAGGCAACGAGUCGGGCUGAUUUCUUCGCCGAGGCGGGAGCUUGCCCGCGCAGUGCGCUAGACACCUUGCGAGACUUGUUCGAGGUGAAGCCCAGCGAUGCCAACGAUGGGGCGAAGGCCUUGUCCUGGCUCAUAUCAGAAGUUGGCGAGCACGCAGAAGCUGCCAGCUUGCUCGCGCUGCCCCGCGUUCGCCCAGUGUCGAAUGCCAGGCCUGCGCAGCGAGUCGACUCGGGCCACGACCUCGAGCGCCUCGGAG